CUUGAUUCUUGAUAAGAGCUGACCGUCUCAGUUCUUGCCCCUUAAACCCCCCAAAAUCGAAAAACGACGAGAAGGCGACAACGCAACCGCCAUUUUUCGUUCCAAAGAGAGCACAGAGAAUGGGCAGCUCCCGUGAAUCGUCCCCAGAUUGGGUUCGAUCUUUCCAGGCACCUCAGACAUUUACAACAUUAUCUUCAGACUCUGAGUCUCCUCCUGAUGAUGAUAGCCCAGUGAGGGAUGAUGUUAGCUGUCACAAAGAGAAACCUGAGCAUAAAACAUUUCAGGAGAAAGAUCAUAAUCAAGAUAUGAUUCUUAUUGACAGUGGAGGAGAGUCUCCUGUUAGUAAAGCUCCAAAAACAAAGUCUACAAAAUCCCGAGCAAAAACGAAGAAAGAACAAGCUGUGCAUGAUACAACUGAAUUUCCAGAAAAAGACCAGAAACAGGAUAUGAUUCUUAUUGACAUUGGAGGAGAGUCUUCUGUUAGUAAAGCUUCAAAAACAAAGUCUCCAAAAGCCCGUGCAGAAGUAGAAAAUCAUGAACCUCCAAAGAAAAAGAAAAUUGGCAGUAAGAACCAAAGAGAAGGAAAUGGGGAUGAAGGGGAAGUUGCGGACAAGGAAAUAGUGGAGAAGCAUAUUGAAACUCAUGUCUCCACUUCAAGGUUGCCUUUGGUUUUGUCGGAGAAAGUCCAUCGUUCAAAGGUUCUUGUUGAGUGUGAAGGAGAUUCCAUCGAUAUGAGUGGAGAUGUUGGUUCUGUUGGUCGAAUAGUGAUUUCAGAUACUCCAACUGGAAACCAAGACAUGUUCUUUGAUUUAAAAGGAACCAUAUACAAGACAACCAUAGUUCCUUCCAGAACAUUCUGCAUCGUCAACUUUGGACAGGCUGAAGCAAAGAUAGAGGCUGUUAUGAAUGACUUCAUUCAGCUUAAACCUCAGUCUAACGUUUAUGAGGCUGAGACAAUGAUUGAAGGAACUCUUGAUGGAUUCAUGUUUGAUUCCGAAGAGGAAGCAGACAAGAUGCCUAAAUCAAAUGGUCAUCAAACUGAUCAGAACAAUGAAGGGGAGGAACAAACCGCGGGGAAGACCAAGGGAAAAGUUGAGAAACCAUUGGGAGUGAAUAGGAAGAAGGGUAAAAUGGCUGGAAAGUUGCCAAAGAAGGUAAAAAAGAAAUCUCAAGCUCCAAAGAAAGCAAAACCUUCCAAGAAAUGAGAGAGAGAUUACAUAAUUCACCUAUGCUGGUGUGCCGCAGGCGUAAGGGAAGUGUUGGAUUCACUGCCGAGGAAUUAUACACAAUUACACAUACUGAAGAAAGGAAGAGAGGAAAUAGGUCCUGUAAGAUGGUCGGGUUUCUCUUCUGUAUGUUCCCUUU